AUCCUCCACUACUCGCCUUUCAAAACCGGUUGGGACUGGUUGACGCUCAUCUUGGUCCUCUAUACAGCUGUUUUUACGCCGUUCAUGGCAGCUUUUACCGAUGCGGCGAAGACAGGCGAGUCAACAGCCUGGAUCGACUUCCUGAACGUCGUGGAAGUCUUCGUCGACAUCAUGUUCGUCGCUGACAUCCUCAUCAACUUCAGGACAACAUACGUUGACGACGGGGAAGUGAUAGUCAACCCACGCAAAAUUGCCAUAAAUUACAUGAAGGGCUGGUUCAUUAUCGACGCCGUUGCCGCCGUCCCUUUUGAUUGGAUGCUCUACGGAAACGGAAGUAGUGACGCUCUAACACAAGGGCUGACGGGCAUAUUGAAAACGGCGAGAUUGUUGAGGUUGUUGCGUGUGGCUCGAAGGAUCGACCAGUAUUCGGAGUAUGGGGCGGCCGUCCUCAUACUUCUCAUGGCCACCUUUACCCUCAUUGCUCAUUGGCUUGCCUGCAUCUUUUACGCCCUUACCACGUUCGAAAGGGCAAAUUUUUUAAAUGCACCAAUAAGCUGGUUGGACUCGCUAGCCAAGCAGCACGGCAUCACCUACCACAUCAACGGCUCAGAGCCAGACACGAAGUCUCGCUACAUAACAGCUCUCUACUUCACCUUCACCAUUCUAACCAGUGUCGGGUUUGGAAACGUCGCUCCAGUCACCAAUUAUGAAAAAGUCUUCACGAUCUUCGUCAUGCUACUUGGGUCUCUGAUGAGUGCAGCCAUAUUCGGCAACGUCUCCUCUAUAAUGUUGAGACUGUACAGAGGAACUGAGGAGUACCAUGAGAUGUUGGCGAGCAUCAAGGAGUUCAUCAAAUUCCAUUACUUCCCGAAACCACUGGCCGACAGACUUCUGGAAUCCUACCAGAACACACGCUCCUUCACGAAUGGUGUAGAUAUGAAUUGUGUUUUAAAGAGUUUCCCCGAUUGCCUACAAGCCGAUAUAUGUCUGCAUCUCAACAGAAACUUGCUGGACAACUCAACCUCAUUCAGAGGCGCGAGUCCAGGCUGCUUACGUGCUCUGUCACUCAAAUUGAAAAGUCUUCACGCGCCACCUGGCGACACAUUGAUCCAUCCGGGUGACGUUCUUGACUCCGUCUACUUCAUAACGAGAGGGACUAUUGAGAUCCUGAAAGAGGAUAUUGUUGUUGCCAUUAUAGCAGGUAAGGACGACAUCUUCGGUGAGAACGUGAAAGAGAAGUUUUUCAUGAGUACGAAGAAGGCGGUGAACAAGUCAGCGUACGUCGUGCGGGCGAUGUCAUACGCAGAUAUGCACAAAAUAUUUCUCGACGACCUCUACGCCAUCAUGCUAUCCUAUCCUGAUUUCGCGUCCAUUUUUCUUCAGAAUUUCAACGUCACUUUUGACAUUAAACAGGUCGGUUGA